GGUACACUACCCUUAGCAGGGUCAGCUCUGCCACAAAGGACGCAUAAACAAAGGGCAAAGAGGACCCCUACCUCUCCUCUCCUGAAAUCAAGCUAGUGUUUUUUUUUCACCCCCGUACUUGAAAGAUCUCUUUCAGUUGCUUUGAUUUGAUUUCUUGCUUCCUUUUUCAUCUGUAAAUAGAGUAUUCUAUAUGUUUUUGAGGUUUGAAACUUGGAUCUGAUACUUUGUGAUUUGUGGUUAGGGUUUGUUUGUUUUUCAUGCAAAAACAAGAGGAACCCGUGUCUUAAAUGUCUGGUUCAUGAGUAUGUUGGUUUGGUUUUAAGACGAUAGAUAAGGUUGUUGGUGUUCUUGUUCGGAGAUCUGAUUCUUUUGAGAAGCCAUGGCGAAUCGAUGGCGGGCUGGGAAUGUGGCAGCUUUUAGAAAUUCAUCUGAAGACCAUCAAAUGGGAGUUUUUAGAGCUAAUAUUAGCCCUUCCAAUGAAGAUAAUCGAGAGGAUAAUGAAGAUAAUCGAGAAAAUAUCGAAUCGGAAGACCAAACUCAGGCUCUGGAAACCGUCGAACCAGGUUCGGGUUCGGCCUCUCGCCGUCCGAGAGGUCGACCGCCUGGUUCGAAGAACAAGCCAAAGCCUCCCGUUGUUAUUACUAAAGAAAGCCCUAACUCUCUCCAUAGCCAUGUGCUUGAAAUCGCUAGCGGCGGCGAUGUUGCCGAGUGCAUCAGCAAUUUCGCUCAACGCCGCCGCUGCGGUGUCUCGGUUUUGAGCGGAAGUGGGGUGGUCACCAAUGUUACUCUCCGACAACCAGCUGCCCCUAGUGGGGUGAUCACUUUACAUGGAAGAUUCGAGAUUUUAUCUUUAUCCGGUGUGUUCCUUCUCGCACAGUCUCCCCCGGUUGCGACGGGGCUGACGGUGUAUUUAGCCGGCGGGCAAGGUCAGGUUGUCGGAGGCAGUGUAGUCGGGGCACUAGAAGCAUCCGGACCGGUUAUGGUCAUCGCGGCAACAUUUACCAAUGCGGUUUUCGAAAGGUUGCCUAUGGAGGAUGAGAAUAGCGGCGGAGGCGGUGAUGACGGCGGACAUAACAAUAACAAUAGUAGCAACGACGGCGGCGAUGGAAAUUCGGAGUCUCUGUGUCAAGGUAUGAGCCAAGAUCAUCCCCAAGGCGGUUCAAUGCCUUUGUAUAACUUGCCUCCUAGUUUGCUGCCUAAUGGACAAAUGCCUCAUGACCUGUUUUGGGGUACACAGCCGCGUCCAUCGCCGUUUUUUUAACCGGAAACAGCAAUGGAUUGGUGGGUUUUUGGUGCAAAAUAAGUUGUGGAUUUUUUUUUCGUUCUUCAUGUAAGAGUAGUAACAAAGGUAAGCCUUUUUGUUUUGACCAUGUUCAUAGUUUAUGUUCAUAU